AUGCCCCGAUUUUGUGUAAAUCGGGCUCAACAGCAUAUACGCGUUGCCUCGAUCUUCAGGUCGAGGUUCUGCCCCGCGCUGGGCUUCUCCUUCCCUCACCUAAGAGCUCAACACCCGGCCAUCCUUUGCCAACAACAAUGGAAGUCAACCACAAGUAAACAACGAUUCUCGCCUAUCAAAGAGUACAAACCUCAUUCGGUGAAAGCCAAGGAUGGAGGACCUUCCAAGGCCGGCAGGCAGCCCCAGGUCUUGAAGCAGUCGGAUGGCGCCGGUCCAAAUCGAGGUGACGGGCGGCCUCGGCUUCCCGUCCCUUACUACCUGGCCCUGCCUGCCACCUUCAUAGCGGUCGCCUUUGUCGUAAUAUACUUCAGAAACUCGAACGAUGAUUUACUGCAAUCUCUGUAUGGCACUCGAGAGGAGAUGCUGCUGGCCGCCAGCGAGAUUGCGGGCAUCAUCGGAGUAGACCACGUGACCUACGAUGAGGAUGUACUCGAUGACCAUGGGCACUCAGAGUGGAGCACAUCCAACACUUCUGUACGAGCUGUUGCCGUUGCCUACCCACGGACCACGGAAGACGUUGUUGCUAUUGCUAAGAUCUGCAACGCUCGCCGAGUGCCUAUGAUACCCUACGGAGCCGGCUCAUCUGUCGAAGGCAACUUCUCACAACCAUACUCUGGCAUCUGCAUAGACUUCACACAUAUGGAUCAAGUCAUUGCUUUCAGACCAGACGACAUGGAUGUGACUCUCCAGCCGGGUGUCAACUGGAUGGACCUGAACAUGAAGAUCGCAGAAUCGGGUCUUUUCUUUCCCAUGGACCCAUCGCCGACGGCAACGUUCGGAGGAAUGGUGUCUACAAACUGCAGUGGUACGAACGCUAUGCGGUAUGGCACGAUGAAGGACUGGGUGGUCAACUUGACAGUCGUUCUACCGGACGGGAGCGUGGUCAAAACUAGGAGACGACCACGAAAGACGUCUGCAGGCUACAAUCUCACUUCCCUGUUCGUUGGUGCGGAGGGCACUCUGGGAAUCGUCACCGAAAUGACUCUGAAGCUCGCCCCAAUACCAGCCGACACCUCUGUUGCGGUAAUAUCCUUCCCUACUAUCUCCGCCGCAGCAAAGGCAGCAACCUCAUUGAUCCGGUCUGGCAUCCCGCUCGCCGCACUCGAGAUCAUGGACGAUGUUCAGAUGCAGAUACUCAACAAGCAAGGCAGUGAAACCGUUCGCAAGAGGAAAUGGGAAGAAAAGCCGACGCUGUUCAUCAAGUACUCGGGCACGACAGACGGCAUCAAGAGCGACGUCAAGCGCUCUACGGAGAUCAUCAGGAGCGUCGCGGGUAAUGUUCCGUUCCAUUUUGCCAAGACCAAGCAGGAUGAGCAUGAUCUCUGGUCAGCGCGCAAGGAAGCAUUGUUUACAAUGGUCAGCAACCGCCCAUCAGGGACGGAGGUUUGGUCUACGGACGUGGCGGUCCCGUUAUCGCGACUGGCUGAGAUCAUUGACGUGUCAAAGCAAGAAUGUGGCUCGCUCGGUAUUUUUGCUAGUGUAAUAGGCCACAUUGGAGAUGGUAACUUCCACGUAGCGAUGAUGUAUAACCCCAAGGAUGAACAGAUGAAGAAGAGAGUCAGUCAUGUGGUACACGAUAUGAUGCGUCGGGCAUUGGAAAUGGAGGGCACCGUUUCAGGGGAGCAUGCGAUUGGGAUUGGAAAGAAGGAGUGCCUGUUGGAUGAGUUGGGCGAAGGUACCAUCGGGCUGAUGCAGACGUUUAAGAAGUCUGUGGAUCCAAAAUGGGUCAUGAACCCUGGAAAGGUCUUCGAUAUGCCUAAGGGUUGGAAGAAGGGCUAG